UUCUCCUUGGUGCAAUCAAGCGACAGCGUGGAAGUGAUCUUAGUGAACCAGCGUGAAGUGAAACCACAGAGUGAAAAGUGGUCGAAGACAAAGAAAAGAGCGAAAUUUCUUGGAAGUGAAAUUCGCCCAUCGAUCGAUUGAGAAGAUGAAAAGCUUCCCUCUUAUCUCGCUAGUGCUUUUGCUGUCGAUAGCUGCCUCUUCGAGAUGUUUCGACUUCUUCGGUGGGGAUACCUUCUUGAGGCGCACGCAUUUCGAUGACGAUUUUGCGGAUUGGCGAAAAGAAAGGCUUAAACCGCUCGUCCGGGGCGAAGCGAGUGCAUUCGGCUUGGUAUGGCCCUUUAGUAACGAUGACGAUGAACCGCUUUCCAGGGAAGCGUCGGAGUACGACCAACAGGAAGCCGACGAUAGCCAGUCCGGGCUGCGGGUUGUCGGCCUGGAGCGGGAUCGAGAGUCGCUAGAAUCCGAUACCGAGCGACUUCCUGGAAACGUGGACAGCUCGCCCGAAGAUGAUCGGCAACCACCGCCGGCUAGGCCGUACCAGCCCGAUACCCGGCCACCUCUAGACACGAGCUCGCUGUUCCAGCAUCAUUUUAACACCUUCUUCGGUCCACCGGAAACCAGCUUCCUGGAUGGUGGCUUCCCCGGCUUUGGCUUCUUCGACCUUCAGCACAGCAAACCUUGGUGGAAGGGGGAAAACGUAUGCGUCGAGCGUGAAGAGCAGGACGAGGAGGCCGGCGGUGGUGAUGACAACCACGAGAUCGCCGUGGACGGCGGUAACUUCCAAAGUUUUGGCGUCUUCAACCUGAACUUUGAAUCGUGCGCCGAACGGCAGAACAAACACGUUUGCACAUCGGUUAAAAACAAUAAUGGACGAAAGCGAACGGUAAAGGUCACCCGUCAGUGCUGUCAUGGUUACGCUCGCCCCCGGAAUGGACCGCCAAAUGCCCAUUGUGAAAAGAUGGAUCUGCAUCCGAUUGCGGAAACGGCCGAACGGCUCGGAGCCAAGGAAUUUGUCGCCACGCUGAAGAAGAGUGGCUUGGACAGGAUGCUGGAGAAGGAUGUUACGCUGUUUGCCGUGCCGGAUAGUGCCUACAGUCGGUUCACCGAGCAGAUGUGGGAGAAUAACCUGGUCGCCUUCGAUCCAGUGAUGCGUUCCAAGCGGCAGGCCGAUAUUUCCGGGAUGACUGCCCGAGAUCUGGUUCUGGCGCACACUGUCAACGGUUCCUAUCACAUCGAAGACGUCAGCAACGAACAACUGCUGAAAACCGAACUGGAAGGAACCAACAUCCGUGUGAACAUUUUCCCCCGUGGCCCCUCGGACAAGGGAUCUGAUCAUCCGUAUCGGUACACCGCUAACUGCGCUCCGCUGUUGAAACUGAACCACGUGGCUGAAAAGGGCAUUGUCCACGUCGUCGAUCGCGUUCUGCUGCCCGUCCGAAGCAACGUCAUGCAGAUCAUCCGGGCCCGUGACGAUAUGACCGUGCUAAGGACCAUUCUGGAGAAGACCGGACUGAGUAAAAUGCUCGAGGAGGUGGGCGAUGAUAAGCAUUUUACUGUCUUCGCUCCGAACGACGACGCUUUCCUGAAGCUGGACAAAGACAUUCGUCGCAAGCUGAAAGCCGGCAGCGGAUGCGCCACCAACAUCCUGAAAAAUCACAUCCUAGAUAUUACCUUCUGCUCGUUGGCUGCCGUCUCCGGAGUAAAGACCACCACCUACAACAUGCUAAACGAAAAGUUGGAGUUCGAGUACGCUUCAAUGGCCAAAACCGAAGCGGAAGACAUGUCAAGCAAGAAAGAUCAACGUUUGAAGAUUAACGGCCUGGCAACAAUCAGGGAGACGGAUCUGAUGGGCUCGAACGGAGUGGUCCAUGUAAUCGAUUCUGUCCUGUCCACCGAUAGCGGUAUGCCCAUAUCCAACACGCUGGCCAACCGUAAUUUAACCAUCUUCAAGCAACUGAUCGAUGAUGCCGGUUUGGAGGAUCAGUUCGAUAGCCUUUCGAACAAGACGUUCUUCAUUCCUUCGGACAAAGCUUUCGAGCAAUCGGAGGCUGGCCAGUACUGGAUCAAACAACUGAAGGAACACCCGGAAAGCCUACGGGAUAAUGCUCGUCUGCGGGAAUUUUUGGAGUACCACGUGGCUGAGCCGUUGAUUAAGACGUGCGAUCUUCAGGAGAAUAUGGUCAAGACCAGCGCAGGGCAGGAACUUCGCGUUAAUUUGUACAAUACGAAUCCCGUCUUUUCAAAUGUCAUGAACCGUGCAACAGUCAAUUGCGCUCGCUUGAUGCACUUUGACGAUGAAACCUGCGGAUCGGUGGUUCAUGAGGUCGACAAAGUCCUGGAUGUUCCAAAAUCGGAUAUCCUUGGAGCCCUCAGAACCAAUCCCGAUUACAGCAUGUUCCUGCAACUGGUCGAAAAGGCGAAUCUCACCGAACUUCUCAGUACCUCGAACGAAAGUCUGACCGUGUUUGUGCCGAAGAAUGACGUAUUCCUGGAAGUCCAAGAAUGGUUCGAUGAAACGAUGCAGAACCCGGACGAUCUGGAUAACGUCAUUCGAUCGCACAUCGUCCCGAACGUGGUUUGCUGUGCCGGAAUCGUACAGUCGGAUUGGCCAUUCAUUCGCACUACGGAAACCAUCAACCAGCAGCGUCUGAAGCUGAACCGCAACCGUCGCCCGCAGGUGCAGAACGCUGGCAUUACCAAGUGCGAUAUCGUCGCCACGAAUGGAAUUAUUCACGAGAUUAACGACGUCAUCAGUGUGCAGAAGAAGGUGCGCGCGGAGGCACAGGGUUUCCCCAGUUUCAGCCGACCGCUGACAUUCUGGUUUAAAUAAGCAAUGUGAAAGAAUUCUCGCAACAAAAUGCACUGAAUUUAUUUGUUUAAGAACUAAUUUAAUGUCCUAAUGUUUUAUGAAUACUGAUCAAAUCAUCCUACUUGUUAAUUAUUUCAACAAGUGUACGAUACUGUACAAUCUCUGUAAGUUCGUCUAAGUUCUUAUAAAGUAUCUAUUUAUAUCAAAGA